CAGCUGAGUUGAGAGGCUGCCGUUGAAGCAGUCGACGGCCGGCGGUGCUGAAGCCGUUCCUCCGCUGGCUUCUCGGCCUCCCCCCGCAGCCCUCGGCUCAGGCCGCCCCGUGGUCGCUGUCCAUCCGCAGCACAGCCUUCUCCGUCGCCAUUUCACUCCCGGGAUCGCCAGCAACAACACCGCCUCGCCUUUUGUCCAGCUGGAGUCGCAGCGCUCGCUCUCUUGCGGCAAGCGGAGCGCAGAACUGUCGCUAGGAAGCUCUGCGGGGUAUCCCUCUUUUCUUGAUCUCUCUCGAAAGAGGCGUUUCCAGCCAGGACAGUCGGAGCUCCACUGUACUUUAAAAAUGGGGCGGAUUUUCCUGGAUCAUAUUGGUGGUACUCGUCUGUUCUCCUGUGCAAAUUGUGACACAAUCUUGACCAACCGCUCAGAACUCAUAUCUACUCGUUUCACAGGAGCUACUGGACGAGCCUUCUUAUUUAACAAGGUAGUAAAUCUGCAGUACAGUGAAGUCCAGGACCGAGUCAUGCUCACUGGCCGCCACAUGGUUCGUGACGUGAGCUGCAAGAACUGCAACAGCAAGCUAGGCUGGAUUUAUGAAUUUGCAACUGAAGACAGCCAGCGCUACAAGGAAGGCCGUGUUAUCCUCGAAAGAGCUUUAGUCCGAGAGAGUGAGGGAUUUGAGGAGCAUGUUCCAUCUGAUAACUCUUGAAUGGACAUCUCCUUGUCUUCAGGCUUUCUCUGUUGAAACUUUUAAAAAGAGAAAAAUCAACAAAAAUAUAUACUUACAUACACUGUCACCUUAGCAUCAAGCGCUGGAUUCAUGAACUGCAGAGAGGGAAAAAGUGUAAGAAUUCCAGAUGGAAACGUUCCUUUUUUCUUUUUUUACCCCUUUCUCUCAGUUGUUCUUAGAGAAUGCUGUAUGGAUGCUGUAACUUUGCCUUUUCUUCCUCAGUCUCAGAUACGUAUGCACUUGUUGUUACAAAUCAUCUUGAAAGGAAUUGGGGUAUCUGUUUUUAUUGGAGAGAAAUCUGUUGAAUUUUUAGUUAGCAAAACCUGUUGCAUUAAGAAAUUUUAGUCUAGCAAUGUCUUUUAAUUUAUUUCAAUUUUUCUUCUAAGUUCUUAAUUCAUUUUUAGCCAGACGUUUUCACCUGACCUAAGAAGAGAUUGUAUUUGUGACAAGCGCUAAAGGUUCAGUGUUUAGUCAAGUUUGUGCUAGCCGUUGAUUUAUAUUCUUGUUGGGUUCACUGGUAGUACAGAGUCUGUGCUUGUCUGAGUCUUUUGCUUUGUGUAACCCAAAGUUGUCAUUCCUCAUUUACUUAAGCACCCCUUCCACCAUAAGACUGGUGAUGACUAUAGCCUUUUAAAAGGCAGAAAAAGAGGACAAAACUGCUUGUCUUUCCAGUUUCCAGAUGUAACUUACGCAAUGGUAUUAAGAAAUGGCUGUCCAAUCUGGUGUUGUUUCAAAACUAAAUUGGUAAUGAUGAGGAUUGAGCAGUUGCUAUAGCUGCAGCAUUUCCCACCCCUUCUCUUGGCUGACCUCCUUACAUAGAAAAUUUGCAACUCUUAAUCUUAUAGUUCCCACCCCACCUUUUAACCUGUAGCUUUGCAUUUAAAACCUGGCUGAAAAGAAAAAGGGCAUGCCAGCAUGUGUAAUCAUGUGUACAGCCAGUAUUCUGAUCUACAGCUGUUCAAGUGGCUAAUAACUUGUCUUCAAAUGCUGCAUCUGAUGUCAGAGCACUUACUCUUAGUUGCAUCUUAGCAUUGUGGUGCUGGACCUUUACUGCUUUUAGCAGCAUAACAAGUUCAUGUAGCUGUGGUUAGUCGCUGGGUUACCUGGUGCUUUUUGUAACAGUUAAUUGUGUUGCAAUAUUGGAUCAUGCUCAUCUGAGCAAAUGUUUCUGUAGAUUCUCCUUUCUCAGGGGUGCCCAAACAUUGUUGCCAGAGUGGCCUGCUCAAGUUAGGUCCCCCCCCCCCGACUGCUUUGUGGAAAUCCAAAAAAAAAGAGCUGCAUCUAAGAAAAUUAAUUCCAAUUUAUACUCUCCUUGUCAGUACUAGCUAUUUCAUAGAGAAGGUAUUUGCCUUAUUGCAACUCACUAUUAAGCACCUGAUAACUUCUAAUAAUGAACAAGGAAUGGAAUGAAAACACUCUAUUAGCAGUGGAAUGAUUGUCAUUACUACAAUCCUAACCACAUUUGCAGUGGCUAGGAUGGGGCAGGAGGGUGCAUGCCACUGCAAGUGCCUUUAGGAAUUUGGUUCCAUGACCCCUACCUCCCCUAGGUAACUAGCAAACUGGAGGGGGCUUGUGGUUUUGUUUUACACCCCAUAGGUAGCAUUCUGGCCAUUGAUCUGCAAUUUGGGCACCCUUCUUUGCCUGAAGUAGCUCUAAUAUGCAAAUUAGAGGGAAAAGAUGUAGAAUUGUGUGCUGCAGCUAAAUUGAAGGAUAUUUUAAAAAUAGUGUAUUGUGCCUCGGAUGAGUAAUCUUGGCUACUGACUUCAGUAGAUCGCUGUUAUUUUAAUAGCUGAGUUUCAUUAGUCUGGCAACUUGUCAUUGGCACAGUCCUUAUUCUAUAUGUAUUUUUGAUGUUGCAGUACAAUAAAGUAUGUUUUGUCCUG